GGGCGGUGCCCCAGCCCAAGCCGCCGGGUCCGCCUAUUCGCCUAGCCUUCUCGGCUCUGGGCUGCUCCUUCCUGCCCCGCUGUCCUCGGCGGCAGUCCCCUUCCUCUGGGGAAAGCCCACCUAGUCCUCUAAGCAGGGGAGACACACGAUGGCAGAUCCUGGAGAAAAACUGCCAGAGGAAGUGUUGGCGCUCAUUUUUGGACACCUGCCUCUCAGGGACCGUGCUGCUGCCUCCAGAGUCUGCAAAGCCUGGGCCACCGCUGCCACCAGCAGUGCAGUGUGGCAUGACACGAGCAUCAGUUGUAGUAGUGAACUGGAAGGGAUGCUGCCACCGUAUCUGUUUGCCUGCCUGGACCAAGUCCAUAACCUACGGCUGGAAUAUGAGCCGUCGAGGAAGUCCAGCCGUCGAGCAGCCACAGAGCUGCUGACCGUUCUGGCCAAGCGAACCCCAGGGCUGCGAGGCCUGCGCUUGGAAUGCUGCGGAGAGAAACCGCUCUUCGAUGCCGGCCGCGACAUCCUGGACGCUGUACAUGUCGUCUGCGGAGCCGCCCGUGACCUGCGCCACCUUGACCUGCGGCGCUUGCCCUUCACAUUGGAUGAUGCACUGGUGAUGCAGGCUGCACGUGGAUGUCCGGAGCUCCGCAGCCUUUUCCUGGACAACCAUGCGCUGGUGGACAGCGUGCGGCCCAGCUCUGUGCUCAAGCUAUUGGAGGCCUGCCCGCAUCUGUGUGCCCUUGGACUGCACCUGGCCAGUCUGUCACGCGCCGUGCUCGAGGCCCUGGCGGCUCCAAAUCGCUCCCCUUUUGCUCUCCUGUCGCUGCGGUGCUCGUGCCCUGAAGAUGCCCGUGCGUCCCCGCUGCCAGAUGAAGCCUGGGCGGCUUUGAGUUGCCGCCAUCCUAGGCUAGAGGUGGAGCUGGAGCUGGAACCUGCGCUUCCUGAUGAGGUCGUGAUGCGCGUCCUACAGCCCGCAGUACCAGUAGCUGCGCUGCGUCUCAACCUCUGCGGUGACAGCGUAGGGCCAGUGCGCUUCGCGGCGCACCACUACGCAGCAACUUUGCGCGUGCUCGAGGUGCGUGCCUCCUCCUCCAUCGAGCUGCAUGCUGCACUAGAGGAGCUGGCCGCGCGCUGCGCGGGCUUGCGCGAAAUACACUGCUUCUGCGUGGUGAGACCCUCAGUGCUGGACGCCUUCCGCGCGCACUGUCCGCGCCUGCGCAGCUACACGCUCAAACUAAGGCGUGAGCCGCAUCCCUGGCAGCCCACGUUGGUGCGGUGAUUGGGCAAACUCACAGCUCCAGAACCGCGCAGACGCCAAAGCGUGUUGCCCAGGCACUCCCCAAAUGCUAGCCCCUUCCUUUGGGAUUCCAUUGACUAUUGCGCCCCGGAGGGAUUGGGGUCUUUAGGACGGCAUCUAGGCCAGUCCGAGGCGCUGUAAAUCCACAGGGUCCUCAAUCUCUGUGUCCUAGCCCAUCCUUCUGUGCACUAUGCGCCAGCUCCGGGGCCCAGAGUUAGGGAAGAGCAGGCGCAAGCACUAGCCAAGUCAAGGGUAAGUGUGAAAUAAAUAAAUUCUGCAGUAUCCCUGAGUCCUGUGAUCGCGGGC